GCAGCCUUUUUUUCACCACAGCUACGGCUGUGUUUAUUUGUUAUUUAUAUUUGUGUUGUGUUGGUUGGUACAGUGUGUGCUGCGACACAUUGAUUUAUUUACACACAGAAUAAUGGAGGACCCUUGAUGCACAGCACAGGUCAGUUAUUUGGUUCACGGUGUGUAAGCAGGAUUGAGGGCGCUAGUCUAUCUUAUGGUACAAACGACAACUAUCAUGGCGGCUAUUUCUAAAGAUACCCUAAUCGGACGCAUUCGUUUGUACCCGUCCAUCUUCCACCACAAACCAGCAGGGACUGACACGAAAAGGCUGAGAGACAUCCAGCUAAAGGUCAACGAUGAGCUGGAGUACGACGAUGACUGCUUGGACGAGCUGGUCUCCAAAUAUUUGUUUCUAACUUGGGUUGAAUUCGAACUCGGAAACUUUGACAAAUCUGAAGAACUCAGUAACAGAGCUCUAGAACUGACCAAAGGAAACAGUCUGACCGCAUUGGUUCAUAGUGCGUACGUCAUGAUGCGAAAUGGCGAUGAAAUACAGGCCGAGGAAUGUCUGGACAAUAUGCACGGGGUGAAAACCCAGGAUAAGAGUGGUCUAGUUGUGACCACAGCACAGGCUGAGCUUGCGUAUUCGCUCAGCAGGCUCGGGGGUCCCAACAAUUUAGUGCGAGCCAUUGAGAUCUAUACAGAAGUUACCGACAAGUUUCCUGACCAAAUGUCGUGGAAGUAUCGGCUUGGGUUGGCCCACAGGAGAGCUACAGUCCCCAGCUUGUUCUACAUCCUACCAACACGAUUCACCAUAGAAGAACAUGCGUCUAAGGCAAGAUGCUUGCUCUUUGAGGUCGCCCAGUCCUCAUUUGCAAGAGACCUUAGAGCCCACGCCUAUGCCCAGCUUGCUCAGAUCAGCCAUUAUGACGAGAAAAAGUUACCCAGAGCAGAACACCAACGUAGCUAUAGUAACAUGAGUUGCGAAGAUUUGAUCCAGAUGGCGCUGAAGUUUGGCAGCAACGACGCGCGAACUCUUCUUGAGUGUGGGAAAAUUCUGCGGUACAGGGAUUUAGAUAGGGCAAUCGAUCUGCUGGAAAAAUCAAUCGCUAUUAAGAAACAUGGUUUUGCUUAUCAUCAGCUGGGGCUGUGCUAUGUGUAUAAAGCCAACCGCAAACAACAAGCAGAAGUGUCGAAGUUAAAGACUGGCAAAUAUAGUGGACGUCGGUUGGAUUUAAACACAGAAGGGUCGAGGAGGAAUUCUAUUGAGAACCCUCAGUGUAAUCCUGACAACAGCCAUAGAACACAUCAAAACAACUACAACAGAAUGGACCCUGACAAAUACCUGAGCACGAAAUCUGGAAAUUACAAUAGAACAAAUUCUGGGGGCUAUAGAACAACAAACAACUUUCACUCUACGAACCCAGUCAACCCCCACCGAACGAACCCAGUCGACCCUUACCGAACGAUCCAAUUCAACCCCCACAGAGCGAUCCAAUUCAACCACCACAUAACGAACCCAGUAAACCCCCACAGAACGAACCCAGUAAACCCCCACAGAACGAACCCAGUAAACCCCCACAGAACGAACCCUGACAGUCUAACCAGCCUGACGUACCGUACAGGUGUCCGUCCUCCACAUGAAGACGCUAAACCUGCACGACGUCAUGACGCCCAGUAUAAACCCCGAUUUCAGAAAGAUUGUAAAAAACACUCUUUUAUUAAAUCGCCGUUAAAACAAGCCAAACUUGGCCUUGAUUGCGAGUUUGUAAAAAAGGCGAUGUCUUGCUACAGUGAAUCUAUCAAGUUCUCAUUCGAGCAUAACACUCUAGCCAUCUAUGAUCUGGGUCUUUUGUUGAAGUCUUGCGAGCAGCUGGACGAUGCUGAGAAACAGUUCAACAAAGUCACGCAUCGCUUGGACUCUAUGUCCUUGAACUUCUCAAACAACGAAGAUGAGAUAACCAGUAGUCACGGACACUUCAUUCUCGUCAUUAGUGCGUAUGAGCAGGCAGGUCUCUGUCUGCUCGAGAAAGCACAACAGGAAAAAUGCAGCGAGUCGCAGAGUGAAAAGCGAAUUAAAUAUUUGAAGGAGAGGGGCGAGUCAAAGCUGGUACAGGCUGUGAGUUUGUCGGCCAUGUUGGUCAAGCUAAACACCGAGAUGAAGGAACAUUCGUCCCACAUCUGGAAUGCACUCAGAACACUUGAGACAAACUAUGAAAACGAAGAAAAAUCUCCACAGUCGAUCAAAAAAUUUAUUGAAUUACUUCGCAAGACCAACCAUCACAAGAAAGUCUUGAAUAUCAUCGAGAAGCUGAAGAGUUACAGCGAUGAUGAACUAGACGACCCUGUUGUCGUCAGUGCUGCACUUGAAAGCUAUCUGGCCUUGAAAGACUAUGAGUCGGCACUUGCGUUUUUAAACAUGGUCACCAUGAGACCUAAUGUGGAUAUACGAGAAGUGGGCCAACUCGUCACUUCCGUUCAGACAUGCGCAAUCGCCAAAAGACUUCAGAACAAUGAGAGCGGUGCGCAGCUGAUAAUGAAAACAGUUUUUCAUCAGCACACCAGUGGUGGUGGUUGUGGUAGUGGUGAUAGUUGUGGAGCAUCAAAGGACGAGGUAACUAACAAGUCAGAAGUCAUACCACGUGACCUCGACGUCAUCGUUAUCUAUGACGACUCCCACGACGUGGAGAGAGAAGAAAGCGACAUCACAAGAACUGCCAACCAACUCUGUCGUGUCUUAGAGAAAACAUUUGGUCUCGCUGUAAGCUGUAACUUGAAAGACUGUUGUUCUGGAGGGAAAAAGAUCGAUCUGCAGUUUGAGGAAAUGUUGAGGGCUAAGGUAGCAUUGAUUCUCUUGGGAGCAGAGAAACCAAGACAUAGCUCCUUUCAGAUCUUCCUGGACAAUAUUCACUACGAGCUGUCCGAACUUGCUGAAAGAGGUGGAGACGUGCCUACAGUGUUGCUAGUGUUUGCUGCCCAAGGAUCCGACCUUGGCGUUCCAUCGUUAUCCUGCUGUAGACAAUUUCGUCUGGACGACAUCUUGGCUGACAUCAAUAAUUAUUUACAGGAAAAAGAAAAAAAUUCAGGCCAGGAAGAGAAAGACGAAGUUCCCAUUUUGGAAGAUAACUCUAGUGAGUUUAGUAAGGGAGUUAACGCUGUCAUGACUCUGUUUUGUUCACUCGUAGACCAGAAAUGGCCAAUACGACCUGCCAGUGUUUUAACAGUUGUGUGAAUGUGUGAACAGCUUGACUGAUUAGAGAAAACUCAGUAAUGUGAUACGCUUGGUAGUGUGUCACUCUAUUAUCAGUAGGUGCACUUGGACUUCGCCAAGAAAAUGAAAAUAAAAAUGUAGAGAUAUUACAGGCAGAGAUUCACACACAGGAAUAAGUUACAUAUUUACCAGCUUAAAAAUUACUGCUACUCACAUAUAGAUAACCUCUACAUCCUUUCCUCCACAAAACAUUUUAGCAGAAAACCGCCCCACUCUCACCUUUUGGCGUCACUAGGUCUGGUUGCUGACUCCAUUUUUACGCUAUCCAGUUCUGCCACAACUUUCUGCUCAUUAAUUUUUACCACACUGAUAAAUUAAAAUGUGGUCUACUAUUUAUGAAAUAUUUGUCCAGUGAAUAAGUAGGAAAUGUGUGCCAUAGAAUGUACUUUUCUAAUCUCUCAGACAUACAUCCAUUUAUUCCGCUUUUGAAAAGUUCAAAAAUUUCUAUAAAUUAAGUGUCAAUUGUAAACUUGGUGUAUAUAGUAUUGACAAUUUCCCAUAGUAUUUAAGUAUUUGUGUUCGUGUCUUCUUCUUCUUCUUCGUUCUUAAAUUUUAGUGUUGGGAGGGAUCGAGCCUUUUC